UUUAAAAAUAAAAUAAAUUGUGGAAACAGAGUUUUCUAUCCAAUUAACUAUCUAAACCAUUUAAUUCCACACAUUAUAUAAUGAUAUAGCCCAGCGACUACUGUCAUGUGAUUAUUUUUGUGUGUGGUGAUGGUUCCCAGAGCUGAUAGUUUUAACGAGGAGCCGUGCGUUUCCGUUCCGACCCUGGCUAACGCGUUUUGUGCUUUGACUGUAGCCACCGCUGCCCCACACCUAGUAACUGUGGGUUGACAUUUUUUCCAUUCAGUGCGAUUUUUGGAGUUAAAGAGCGGAAGGUUAGUCGGUUAGCUGUCGACUAACGCGGUGUCGCUCAUUGUUGACGCUCUGCUUCGUUUCUUUUGCAUCUUUAAGCUAGUUAACGGUAGCGUUAGCAAAGCAGCGGCAGGGAUGGCGGAGGUUCCAGGAACAUCCAGUGAGACCAUAACUGAGACAGUUCAGACGAGCACACCGCCGCCGCCCCAGCAGGAGGGACGAAGCUUGACAAUCAAGUUGAGGAAGAGGAAGACUGAGAAGAAGGUGGAGUGGUCCAGUGACACUGUUGACAACGAGCAUUUGGGAAGAAGGUCUUCAAAGUGCUGCUGCAUUUACGAGAAGCCCCGACAGUUUGGAGAAUCUUCCUCCGAGAGCGAGGGAGAUGAUGACGAUGAAGGCUGCGGCAGCGCUCACUGUAUCCUGGGCCACGGCAGGAGAGGCCAUGGACAGACGGGGGGUGGGGGGACAACAGUACCCCCAAACUCUGGGGGAUCGCACUCGCACUAACAAAAAGCAGGGCUGAUUGUGUGGUCUGAGGGCUCUUUGGUGCCACGACAAUGACACAUUAAAAACAAACAAACUGCACUCUUGUUUUAGUUUAGUUUCAUCACUGAGGUUCAGGCCUGACGACUGGGCUUCUGCCCAGAGUCUGAAAGUCCCAGCUGCUGCCGCACGACGGCAGCCUCUGUGCUGCUGCUCCUCUCGGGGAAAGUCAUAGCCACGUCACGGACUCGUGGAAGAUACUUUGCCGACCUCAAAGUGUGCUUGCUAUUGUGCCAACUUAAAUAUGAAGCAUAGACUGGCAACUCGUUCAAAUCGCAUUGUGAUUCUAAUUGAAAUCAAAUAACAGUUUCAGCGUUUUUCCAAUCAGCUCCACGCAGUAUGCAUGACAUCACUGCUCAGCCUUAUCUGUCGACCUAACACACUAGGAAAAUAAGCUCUGAGCUUUGAACUUUAUUCUUUCCUUUAUUUGGUUUUAUUGGGUUGUGCUGUCAGGUUGGGUUCCUUUAUGAUCAUCACCUAGGUGACACGUAUAAACCCCAUGAUGUGGAGGUUUGAAAUGAUUAUUUAGAAAAGAAAAAUAAAACUUUUAAAAUCGAUUUUCCUUUUUCCAGAAAUGUUAUUUCUGCAGAUUCCACAGUGCACCCAGAAGAGCUUCACAGCUCUGUAACAGUCUAAACGGAUUACUUCCUGUUACUUCCUAGAACUUUAAAUCAUUCCAGAAGUGGUCAUCAGCAGCAAUGUGAUUGGUUCUGACUACAUCAAAUGAGUGCUGACUCUCCCCAGCAGCAUGUGGGACUUUCUGACUGCAAGGCAUCAGUUUGGAAAAGGUGACAGCAGAGAGAGGCCAUCAAAUGCUGUCUGCUGGCAGAGUUAAAUGUAUAUAAUACAGCAUAUUGUUUUUUUAAAAUGUAGUUUUCUAAUUUAUUUGCUGCUCUUAAUUCUGAAAUCGUCCAUAUUUGACAUGUACCUGAGCCCAGUGGGUUAAAUACUGGACAUUUAGAUUAGCUUCAUAUUUGUCGUUUCUGAGCUGUUCACCAGAUUUACAGCGAAUGCUGAACAUAUGAGCCAAGGCUCUGAAUACAGUUUGGUUCACUGAGGUGGGCUUUUGUGAGCUGCUUUUCUAUAUCUUCACUGUAUGGAGAGAAAUUUGCCUCUGUGUAUGAUAUGAUUCACAAGCGUAAACUAACAUUUACAAAUGUGUACAAUCAUUUAUGUGCAACUUUUCAGGAGCACAUGCUUCAGUCCACACACAAAUAUGAAGCAAUCUGACCACAUGUAAAACCAUUUUACAAAUGCGUAGACCCAGACCUGAAUAAAUACUGAUUAUUUAUGCAGAGUUUAUUAAGUUCAGCUUCACGAAAGUGAUGGGAAAAUAGAAUAAAGUCAAACAUUUAGCCUAUUGAAAUGUAGUAAAUAAACACAGUUUAAUCACGAGUACAUACGCAUGCUAAAAAUGUUUUAAUUUACAUACAAAACUGUUUUAAAUGAGUUUCUAACUACUGUUGUAUAACUAGAGUUUGCAGAUUAGUCACACAAAUUCAUCUUGUUUUGUGUCCCAUUGUCUGAUUUUUAUCAGAGACUUUGGCAGUGAGCUGGUUAUAAAUACAAAUAUUAACUAAGCUUAUAUAUUUCUAACAGAAUUGGCUGAUUAUAGGCUUUUUUUCUUUUUAAAAAACCUUUAAUGUCAUUGGGAGUCACUUUGAAAAUCGGUAUUCUUUUAACUAGUUGGAUUCUUGAAGACAGUUUCAUGUGUGAUGAGGAUGUUUAUGUUGGAUGAACUGAAUUAAAAAGCUGAUUUGGUCAGGAUCAUGUAAACCUGGAUUAGUCAGACUAGAUCUGAAGAAUGGAGUCCUGGGUAGUUAAGCUGUUUGUGUGGUUCAAUGAGAGGAGAUACACGGUCGCCUUACUUGAAAGGUUUAGCUCUCUGAUUCUUAUUUACUAUCACUCUGUAUUCUGACCAAAGCUCAUUAACACAGAAGGAGGCGGGGGUCUGUUUAACCUUUAAACACUUUCAUGGGUUUAGUUUUUUUUGAUUGUUUAAAUUCUUCGUGUCCACUGGAUAAAACCAGUCUGCCAACUUGAGAUUUGAGUUCAACUGCUUUUUCAUUUUUCUUUUCCUUUGGUAGGCGUGGUGUUCACAGGCUCAGCAGUGGUUGUCAGCAGCAGCGUGGAAAAGUAAGAAGUUGUGUGUGUGCACUGAUUCACUACAGUGUUCACGUUCCUGAGCUGCAUGUCAGCCAGAUAAACAAAGCCUCAGUGAGGUUGAGGGGUGUUUGUGCUUUUCCUGCUGCGCGCGCUACAGUUUCCUCGCUGUGAGCUAAAUCAAUAAAGACAGAGCUUUAUAUGAUUUGAGGUUCAUUGCUGACCAGAGUGUACAUAUGUAACUGUCUAACGUGGCACAGAGAACAGGGGGGUGAAGCUGCGUGAAUACUGGCCCAGGCUUAUUUUUCUGACGUCUCUGCUGUGACCAGAUGUGGCGAAUACACACUCCAUCAUCGUCAUCAUCCUCAUCCAGGAUGGGUUCAGACCGUGGGUUAUAUUCACAUCAUCUCCACCAACAUUUCCUGUACUGUCCACACACAUUGUUACAUAUGUACAUUGUUCUUGUAACAGUAUUGCAGCUGUCUGUACAUAUACAAUGAAUACACUGAGAUCAGAUUUAAUGUGAAUUAAAGUUUUGAACUGUGAUUAAAA